AUGAACUCGAAAACAUUCUGCCAGAAGUUGCCUAAAGUUGAAUGUCAUGCCCAUCUGAGCGGCUCGAUUCCUUUAGAGGUCUUAAAAGAACUGCAUAAGGAUGCUAAGGAACGGCAACCCAAUUUAGGACCUUGCCCGUCUCCUUCAGAGUACACGGAUUUGAGAAGUUUUUUUGCCCUGUUCGGCGACCACAUCUAUCACAUACUCGAUACACCCAAAGCCAUUACCCGAGCUACAAGCGCCGUGUUGAAAUCUUUCAGAGAUGAGGGUUGCAUCUAUCUUGAGCUACGCACGACUCCUCGAAAAUUUCCACGGGGUUCGGAUACGUUUGAAGAGUAUCUCGAUGCGGUCUUUGAUGCGAUUGAUCGGAACGACCAAUCAAGUAUGAUGGUCCAAUUAAUUCUUACCGUCAACUGGGACUUUGAGCCUGAUAAGGUCAGAGAGAUCGUCGAAUUGGCUACGACAGCUCGAAACGCCGGUCGCUGUGUUGUAGGAAUUGAUAUCGCUGGGGAUCCUCGAAAGAGUAUCUUGCGUACCGAAAGCUUUACCAGAGAAUUGAUACAGGCUAAACUCAAUGGACUCAAACUAACAAUCCAUUUUGCGGAGAUUGUGGAACAAAAGCCUUUCCUCGAGAAGCAGCUUGCAGAUUUAACUCCGGACCGUCUUGGUCAUGCCGUGUUCCUGACGCCCGAAGUUCAAGCAGACAUCGUUCGACUGAAACGGCCGAUUGAAAUCUGUUUAACAUCGAAUCUUAAAGUAGGCUCGAUUGCCUCAUUAGAAGAGCAUCAUUUCAGAUGGGCGGUUGAAAACCAGGUUCCGGUCUUGAUCUCGACCGACGAUACUCUAGUGUUUGGUACCACACUCAGUGAGGAAUACGAGUGGGCUUUGGGCUUACUAAACCAUGAUAGGCAGAAACUACUGUCCGUAUUAAAACAGUCAAUCACUUGCACUUUCUGUUCGUCAGAAGAUCAACAGAACUUAAUCCAGAAAGUUGACCAAUUCAGUACUAUGUAG